GUCCCUCUCAGUUUAGCGUUUUCUUUUUCUUUCGGUAUACCAUACCAGUGUAGCAGUUUAAUCAUAAAAUCGUGUUCCUUUGAGAUCUGUUCAAUUCCCGAAUAAACCCUACCUUGAUGUAAUUCUCUGCUUCUGAAUUCGCAAUUGGAUUUGAACACAAAAAUAGAAAACCCAAUUGAGACCGGAGAAAAUUUUCCGGUCGUUUUGGGGGGAAUAUGAUAACAAGGUCUAAACUGGUGGAGCAGCUCAGAGAUUACCAGAUCAGAUCUCAACACAAGUGCCCCCCUCUUUCUUUCUUUUCCCCUAAGCCUCUUCUCUCAAACUGGGCUGAUGUUGUGGCUGCUGUGUUCUACGCCUUGCUAUUCACUGUGCUUAUAGUAUCAUCAUAUUUUGCCCUUUAUUUGCAACAUUACUGGAGUUCCUUUCUCAUCAUAGGCCUUGCCAUUUCCCUUCCAGUUCGUUUGAGAAUUUUACGGCAGGCUCAUGCAAGAAAGAGAGUGAGACAAUUACCUCUGUCUAUGUGAACUUCCAUCUGCAGCUGCAAGUGCCAAACAUCGGUUUAAGUGAAAGGAAUACCUCUUGCACAGAAGUGCACUUUGAUUGUAGAAGUACAAUUCUUUGACCUUCGUCACAUAUGCCGAUCAAGCUUCUGCUGUGAAAAAUGGGAUACCAUCUUCGCAUUCCUCUUGAUGAUCCAUUCUUGAAGAAGCAUUAUUAGAUGAUGAAUUAGUUGUGAAAUGAACAAGCAGAGUUCAGAGUUCAAGGUUUCAGAAAUUCUGAUAUUCUUGCUUUGUUGUAAACUAAAUUUGGUGGCAAAUAAAGAUGCUCAGUUCUGGAUGUUACUGCGGAUUGUAGUUUGAGGCGUAGGUAGAGUUUAACAAAUCAUAUCUGAAUGACCAGAUAAUAGCAGUUGAAGGGUUGAAAUGACUUUGGUUCAGGAGUAUUUUACUGAACUGUAUAGGAAAGUUGAGUUCUGUAUGAUCAGACAAUUCGUAUUUUGCGUUUCAAAUAGUAUAUUCAAAAUUUAGAUGUUUUCAAAGUAA